CGUCUCUAGCCCACAUAUAAUUCCUAUUUCUCAUUCUCCCGCUCGCGUCCGCCGCUCUCGCCAGCGCCAGCGUCCGCACAAGAGCGUCACCCACCUCCAGACGACGACUCGACGACGUCCCCAGCCAUGAUGAAAAGCAAACUCGAACCACAACGUCGCAGAUCCGAGUCCGAUCCGCUCGCCCUCGCCCUCCAGCCGCCCGCCAACGAAACGGAUGCCGAUCGGGAAAAGAGGCUGCACGAGGAGCUCGAGGCCAAGCGCGUCAGCGACGGAAUCGACGAGAUGCUCAGAGCAGAGAAAAAGGAGCGGAAGAAUAAGCCGGAGAUCAAGGUCCUGCUUCUGGGGCAGAGCGAGAGCGGGAAGAGUACCACACUCAAACAAUUCCAGCUCAUGCACUCCCCUGCCGCAUUCAACGCAGACCGGACCGCGUGGCGAGCCGUCAUCUACCUUAAUCUCGUCAAGUCUAUUCUUAGGAUUCUCGAUGCCAUCGCGCCCGAGGACCCGCUUGAGGACGAUGCCGAAGAGGCAGGCGAACACGCUGAGCCCGCCUCUAUCAUCAUCACCUCCCGUGGCCGCCCCCAGUCCGCCCUCACUGUGACACGUGUACCCAAGUACGAGCGGUAUCGCGCCGCGCUAGCCCCUCUCUACGAGCUCGAAGUGCGCCUCGCCCGUCUCAUCUCAUCCCCAGAUGACGACGAGCCCGAGUGUAACGAUGACAGCCGUCCCCACUGGACCGUCGGGUCCCCAAACGCGUACGGGCGCAACGGCCGCCCCCUCCCCAACAUCUCCAUCCCUGAUUACCACGGCUCCACCUCCCCGCUUUCCCCACUCUCACCGUCGACGACCGUUGCCGGCCAGCCCUCGCCAGGCGGAUCGAGCAGCAGCUCGUCUCGCUCGCGGCAGGCCGAGGUCAGCGUACACCACAGCAAGGACUGGAAGAAGAAGUGGUCUCUCGUCUCGCGGAUCACCAGCCCGAAGAGCGCACAUACGAAUGAGAUCGAAGGCUGGUGGGAUGAUCCCAAGGACCCUGUCCACAUUAUGCACUCGUGCGCCCCUGCGAUGAUGCAGCUCUGGGAUGACGCGAGCGUGCGACGGUGUCUGAAGGAGAAGGGCCUACGGCUUGAAGAGAGCAGCGGUUUCUUCUUGAACGAAAUUCGCCGAAUAACAGCCCUCCGGUAUUUCCCCACGACUGAUGACGUUCUCAAGGCCAGGCUAAAAACCACGGGCGUUGUGGAGCAUUCAUUCAUUAUACCUGACACCCAACGGCGGCAGAUGAUUUGGAGAAUCUACGACGUGGGAGGCGCACGAUACCAGCGGCAAACAUGGACACCUUAUUUCGACGACGUCAAUGCCAUAAUAUUUUUGGCCCCAAUAUCGGCCUUUGACCAGGUGCUAGCCGAGGACCCGAAAGUGAACCGACUACAAGAUUCUUUACUUCUUUGGAAAGAGGUCGUGUCGAAUAAGCUGCUGGCGAACGUCAACAUUAUCCUCUUCUUGAACAAGUGCGACCUGCUGAAGGACAAGCUCGCGGCUGGCGUCCAGCUGGCCUCCCACCUGCCCGGCUACCGCGAUCGACCGAACGACUACGAGUCCAUCCGGCAGUACUUCAAAGCGAAGUUCGGCAACAUCCACGCGCAAUGCUCGCACAACAAAGAGCGACAAAUAAACCUGCUGUUUACGUCGGUGACGGACACACGCGGAACAAAGGUUGUUAUCAAUAGCGUGCGCGACUCGAUCAUCAAAGCCAACCUGCGCAGCAUGCAGCUGAUGUAGAACUACCAACUUAGCAAGCUGCACGAUGCAUCUCACUCCGCACGCGUCCAGUCGUUUGUCCUUGCGCCUCCUCAACCGUUCACCCGUCCUUGUCCGCUGCCUAGGCGCCCGCGCUGUCUCUCUGCCCUCGCACUUGAGCACCUUGCCUCACUUCCCGCAUCAGCCGCAUCAGCCCUACCUGUCCACAUGUCUGUCCCUCCGUCGCUCCUUUGAACCCUCACGUCCUCCGAGCGCACCCGCAGCUCAGACCAAGCACACGCCACCACCUCCAUCCUUUCCUUUCGCACGAUUUAUUUUCCUACGCAUCGUUCCCGUUCCUUCGCACGCAGCAUCCGCACCCGCCUUUCACCUUUGUUUUUCAUUUUUCAUUCUUCAUUCCCCUGCGUCACCAAUGCACGUUCCGCGUUCUCAUGUUUGUCCACGUACGUUCCGCGUUCCUCCGUUCCCUCGUCCUUCUCUUUCCUUCAUUUUAUCUGUUCGUUCGCCCGUUCACUUGUUCGUUCUUCCUCUCUUU